AUGGGUUGGUGUGGGGGGGGAGGGGUUGAGGGGGAUUUGGUGGGUAUGUUUGUAUAUGUGUAUGUGGGGGGUGUUGGGGUUGAGGUGGUUGGUUUGGGGGGAUGGUUAGGUAGUUUUAUGUUUUUGUGUAUGUGGGUUGGGGGGGGAUUUUUGGGGGGGGAUGGUUUAUUGGUGGUGGUUUUGAGGGAGGGUUGGUGUUUUGUUGUGUGGGGGGUGGGUUUGUGGGUGUUGGUUUGGGUGUGGGGGUGUUUUUUAGGGUAG